AAGCUCGCUGUGAGUAACGUGAGGAGGAGCUGUUUCUCAACACGGAAAGUGAAGCUCAGCGCUCACUGUUCAUGAAGCUGCUCUCACGUCAGCACCUUAAUGGCUCUGAAGCGACGGAGAAAGUAAAACAAAUCCUCAUUUAUUCACAUUUUAUUCGGGGAAAAGUCUUCAGCGGUCGUUUUCAACUAUACUGUUUUAACACCACGACACAGCGCUCAGCAGCAGCAGCAGCAGCAGCAGCAACGCCACAGGGGCUGAAAUUAAGCACUCACUAUGUCUGAUGGGGACUACGAUUACCUCAUCAAAUUCCUAGCGCUUGGUGACUCUGGCGUGGGAAAAACGAGCUUCCUCUAUCAAUACACAGAUGGCAAGUUUAACUCCAAGUUCAUCACUACAGUGGGAAUAGACUUCAGAGAAAGAAGAGUGGUGUACAAAUCCUCAGGUCCAGAUGGAUCUUCAGGUAAAGGACAGAAGAUCCACAUGCAGCUGUGGGACACUGCAGGACAGGAGAGGUUUCGGAGUUUGACAACUGCUUUCUUCAGAGAUGCCAUGGGUUUCCUCCUCCUCUUUGACCUCACGAAUGAGCAAAGUUUCCUCAACGUCAGGAACUGGAUGAGUCAGUUACAGAUUCACGCAUACUGCGAAAGUCCAGACGUUAUUUUGUGUGGCAACAAAUGUGACCUGGCGGAGCAGAGAGCAGUCAGUGAAGAAGAAGCCCGUGAGCUGGCAGAGAAGUACGGAAUCCCGUACUUUGAGACAAGUGCUGCAAAUGGCCAGAACGUCAGCCAGGCUGUGGACGUCCUGCUGGAUCUUAUUAUGAAGAGGAUGGAACGAUGUGUUGACAAGUCCUGGAUCCCUGACGGGACCGUCCGAGCUAAUGGACCCACCCACACAGACAUCUCAGAGGGCUCUGAAAGGAGCAAGUGUGCAUGUUAGACGACGACGAGCCAUUUUGGUUACAUAUGUGUGUCCAUAAAAGUAGUGAAAAAAUAGGAAGACAUCCAAGUUUAACAGUGGGAGUAUAUAUGUAUAUACAGUGUAUGUAUGUGACCUGUCAGAUCACAGAGCACCCACACCUUAUUAUAUAUGCCAUCACAUGCUGUAUCAUUUGUCAGUACAGAGUUAAGUGCCUUUUGAAUACGGACAUUUCAUUUCAAUUCCUAGAAUUUGUCUUUUGAAUGAUUAAUUCAUAUCAGAGUGUGGGAUAUUUAUUUGUUAUGAUGCAUCGCUGAAAUGCCCAACUUUAGUCAUCAGCUGGAUGCGCUGAUCCUUUUUUCGGGCAUAAACUUGUAAGUGAGCUGUCCUGCCAUAUGUGCUAUAAAUAUGCUGUUAAUGCUCUUUAAUUUCUGUAAGGUUAGCGUAGAUUCACACUGCAAUUAACUCAAGAAGAAGCCACUUCUGUUUCUCUCUGCGGUUGCAGUUUGUUGGUGGAGUAUUUUUUUAGGAAACUUGAGGUAACCAGUUAUGUACUACUGAUGCUCUACUGAAUGUCUCACCAGGGCCAAAAUAUUGACUGUCCAAUAUUAUCUAAAUGAACAAUCAACACUCAAGUAUUUUCUAAAUUGAUGUUUGCCCAUGUUUGCCUCUAAAACAUGAAUCAUAGUUUACAGUUUGAAUAAGCCAUCUACACCUCAUCAUGUACAGCAUCAGGUCUAGCCAAACAAGGAUGCUCCGUAGCCUGAUAAGAUGAGAAGCAUAAGAGAUAGAUAGAAGCAAUAGAUAUGUCAUAAAAGCUACAAUAAAAACUGAGCAGUAAUUCAGGUAGUUUGUCCUGCUGCAUGCAAGAUACAUGCAAAUAAAUAAAUAAAUACAACUUCAAAUUCUUAAAAUAUAUUUUAAAGAAAUAAAUCUAAAGCCUUGUUGUGCUUAUUUUGUCUGGACAAAAUGUGUCACUAGUUACUUUAAAACUUAAAUAUCAGUUUAGGGGACAUCGAGUGCUUGAUUUAAAGAGCUGGUUCCUGCUUCCUUCCAGUUUAAUAUAAAUUCAGACACAUACUCCCUGAUGGAAAUGAAGCUCCGUCAUCUGUCUUGAAAUAGUUUUCAUGACUUUGUCCUCUGCACCCCAAACUUUGUUUCAGUAACAUCAGCUGUAGUCAGGUUGAUCUUCCCUGUGCACAGCCCCCUGUGUUGGUCAUUUGUAUCAUUAUUCACUUGUAGCAAUAUCUAAUGUUUUGAAUUACGUAUGUUUUAAAGUACACAGGAUUUUCUUUAGGUGAGAUCCUAGAUACUCACACCUCAUGCCCAGGCCCUGGAUGGUAACUAAUAUUAGUUAUUAGGGGUUCCCACAGUGUUUUGUAGUGGUGCUGGAGGGAGUCUGACACAACAACCAUCUCUAAAUAUGAAAACAUUUUUAUGAAAUAAAAUAUUGAAUUUCAGGGAAAAUGAGCAGAGGUGCUAUUUCACACAACAUAUGUUAUGUCUAUAAUCAAUGUGGCUACUGUUCAGGCUGUCAUCUACUGAUUUAAUUAUAUAUUUUACAGAAAUAGUAUUUACACCUAGUAAAACACUGAAAUGUUAUUGUGAUAAAUUUUGUCCCAGCUGUAAUAGUCAACAUUUGUAUUACACUGUUGUUCUUCAUGUAUAAAAGGGUGAAAGAGACAUUUUAGUAAAAACACACAAGUAUAUUUUUUUCAAUCCACAGAUUUUAAAAUCUACUCAAACUUAAUUUGAUUAUGUUAACAAGAAUAAACUGAAAUAGUUCAUAUUGUCAAUUGUGCCCCAGAGUUUCAUAUGCAAAAUAUGUAAAUUGUGUCCAGAAAUAAACAUUUUAUUUAUGUA